AUGUCUGUUCUGGGCCCCAAGGCCUACAUCUUUGGCGGAGAACUGUUGCCCAGACAGCCAGUGGAUAAUCAGUCCGAUGUAGUGGACGUCACAGUCGAGUCUCGUGACGGACCACAGACACUGGCUGUUGUUGAUGCCCCGUCUCCUCGGGUCGGCGCACCCAGCGUCUCGGCAAACGGGUACAUAUGGCUAUUCUCAGGGCGAGGCGGUCCAGCCAUGGACCCCAUCGACGAGCAAGGCGGUGUUUGGAGAUGCGAUGCAGCUAUUCCUAGCUGGGACCUGAUCGAGACUGCAUCUUACAAGUAUCCUGCCGCGCGCAGCUAUCACGCAAUGGCAUCCGAUGGCGCAAAGACCAUCUAUCUUCACGCCGGCUGCCCGUCUCAAGGCCGCUUGUCCGACUUGUGGGCGUUCGACACCGCAAGUCUCGAGUGGACUGAGCUCCCGUCUGCACCUGGUCCCGCGCGCGGAGGGACAUCCAUUACCUUCUGUCAAGGGAAGCUCUACCGCGUCGGCGGCUUCGACGGAACCUCGGAGCAAGGCGGCGUCGUGGACGUUUACGACCCGGCAGCAAGCACGUGGCAAAGCAUCUCCUUUAGUCCCGAUGAUAUCCACGGCCCGGGCGCAAGAAGCGUCGCUGCUCUGCUGGCCGUGAGGAGCGAGGGAGAGCCUGUCCUUGUUAGCAUGUUUGGGGAGGGCGAUCCGUCGUCUCUGGGGCACGCGGGGGCUGGCAAAAUGCUCCACGAUGUGUGGCUGUUUCAUAUUAGAGACGCGGCCUGGAAGAAGAUGGAGUUUGAGGGCGACGUUCCCAGCGCGAGAGCGUGGUUCGCGGCAGAUGUCCUGCAGGGGCGUGAUGGAGAUGCCGUCAUUGUCCAUGGCGGGCUGGCCGCGGACAACUCUCGACUGGGAGAUGUUUGGAGAUUGGAGUUGGCGUGA